UUUCCUCAGGCUCGGCUCUGCUUGCUCCGACGACACCCUCAAGGAGUUCGCCGGCCAUGGAGACGACCUCGCAGGACGAAUCAGAAAGUGACGAGCAAGAUCAGCCGUUGGAGGCGAAGCCGCUGCGGUCACUAGCACCGAUGCUGCCGCUGCCUAUGAAAUAUGACGUGGCAACUCAAUCAACCGACCCGAUGCUAGUUUUCGUCACGCCAUUCAGGCCCUGCACGUCGCCAGAACCGUCUGCAGCUCGUCAGCCCUUACCAAAGUCACCAGCUCCUCUCAGGGCUACUCCAGUUUCAGCUGCAUUUCCCAUGCCACGACCCGGCGCCGGAGGUGAUCCUCUCGAGGCGACUCCAGUCUCAGCAGCGGCGCCGGCGUUUCGCAUGCCACGGCGCGAAGAUGAAUCAUCGGAAGAAGAAUACAAUCCCUUCUUUUGUGGUCGGAAAAAACCAACCCGGCUGAAGACAGCAGGCAAGAGGACUCAUCAGCAGGCUGAGUGCUCCAAUGCACGUGACAUGAAGCGCAGGCCAACACAGACAAGCCUCAGUCUCAACAAGGAGCUCGCCACCUUUACCCCAUCCUCGUCAAGCGACCCAACUGAAUCUGUCCAAGAGACACUGACGAUGUUUGACUCGCUCCGGCGCCGCAUACUCCAACUGGACGAAAACAGAGAGGACGCAGCAGGCAAGCGUGCGGACUUGAAGGCCGGAAGUCUCAUGAUGCAGAACGGCCUGAGGAUCAACAACCUCAAGACCGUAGGACCCGUACCCGGCGUCGAGGUCGGAGACAUCUUCUUCUUCAGGAUGGAGAUGUGCGUUGUCGGUCUACACGCGCCCGCCAUGGCCGGAAUCGACUACGUCUCCGCUAGGCGUGGCGGAAGCGGAACCGACGAGGUUGUGGCGGUCAGCGUCGUCUCGUCCGGCGGCUACGAGAACGACGACACCGACUCGGACGUCCUGGUGUACACGGGCCAGGGAGGCAGUAGCCGGCGGCGCAAGGACAAGCACGACCAGAGGCUUGAACGCGGCAACCUUGCUCUCAUGAACAGCAUGGAGAGGAGGAGCGUGGUCAGGGUCGUGCGCGGCGCGCAGGACCCGUUCUGCCGCUCGAGCAAGAUCUACGUCUACGACGGGCUGUACCGGGUGGAAGGGUCCUGGACGGAGAGGGCGAGGGAUGGGUUCAGCGUCUUCAAGUACAAGCUGAGAAGGGAGCCGGGGCAGCGGGACGGGAUCUCGGUCUGGAAGAUGGCUGAGAGGUGGAGAGCAGAUCCUGUGACGAGAAGCCAUGUCGUAAGCGCAGACAUGUCGUCGAGCGCCGAGAAGCUCCCCGUGUGCCUUGUCAAUGACGCAGACGACGACGACGAGCAGAGAGUGCCAGGGCGCUUCAAUUACGUCACCGGGGUGGAGUAUGAGUAUCCAAGGCCGCUCGGCAAGACGAAGCCAUGCAAGUGCCCCAGCGUGUGCCUGCCCAGCGACGACCCUGACUGCUCGUGCGCACGGCUGAACAGCGGGCACCUUCCGUACACGGCCUGCGGGCUGCUCGUGAAGCGCGUUCCGGUGCUCUACGAGUGCGGCCCCGAGUGCCGGUGCUCAGGAAACUGCCGAAACAGGGUCGCGCAGAAAGGCGUUCGUCUCAGGUUCGAGGUCUUCUGGACCGGGGACGCCUGCGGGUGGGGCGUCCGGUCCUGGGACCCCAUCCGCGCCGGCGCAUUCGUCUGCGAGUACGCUGGGCAAGCCGUCGAUGUGAGCACGGGUGGCGAGGAGGAUGAGUAUGCCUUCUGCGCCAGCGGCGAGGGUUGGAGGUGGUGGAACCUGGGAGCGGGGUUGGUUGAGGAAGCAAGCGACGGUGACGCAGCAGAGAACCUGGAGGAGAGGCUGCCUGUUAUGAUAAGCGCGAGAAGGUCAGGCAACGUGGCUCGCUUUCUGAACCAUAGCUGCUCGCCGAACCUGCUUUGGCAGCCCGUGCGGUACGGCGAUGGGGGAUACCCGCAUGUCAUGUUCUUCGCGAUGAGGCAUGUUCCUCCCAUGGCUCAACUGACCUAUGAUUAUGGUACUACGAGAGGAGCUGCUCCUCCUGGUUUUCAGGGGAAAUUUCCGAACGCUUGCAGACUCAAGCCAUGCUUCUGUGGCUCCACCAGUUGCCGAGGUUCUUUCUGACGAAAGGAACCAUGGUGUAGUAAAGCAGGUUCUGGUGUUCCCUUUGUAUAUAUAAAAGCAUGCCAUGGCGGGUGUGGUAAGGGGAAUCACCAGUCUGUUCUGGGACGAUCGUUGCUGGCAACGAGGGAGGGGAGGAAGGUAGUAGAAUGAAGUCUUUGUAAGCAUGGCGUGGACCUCUAGUAGUUCACGAACAACCAGACUAUGUAAUGCAAUGCCAGUGUGCAAUGUGACAUGUAAGUCUUUGGAUGUCGGCAGGAUCUCAACAAUGUUUAUAUCACCAUGCAUGUUCGUAUGACAGUUUACGUGUUCACCAGUUUGCUCGGAGAUGAGAUGGUGAUUAGGCUGCACUUUUUGGCUGGCUGAGAGAAUUCUCAAUAAGCUACACAAGGUUUGAAGAUUGUUUUAUCACAUUUGUGCAACUGUUUGCAAAACAUUAAACAUUGUCAUCUUCGAGAGAGAUGUAGCUUUGCUGCGCCGAAAUAUGUAUAUCUUUAUUA